AUGGUCAAAGUUAGAGAGUUUACAACAGAUCCAAAGUCAACUCUAAGGACCCUUCACUUUGUGUUGCCUACGAAAGAAAAAGUGGAACAAACCAAAGAUCUUAUCAAGGUAAGUACCAAGAAGAAUCAAAUUGUUUCUAUUGAUUCCAUAACUGCUAUAAUGCGCUUGUCUUGUCCAGGAAAUACUAUGACAGGUCUAGGUACCCAAGAAAAAACUAAGACACGAGGAGACCAAAGGAGGGAACAAAGAGACUACAACGCCUUGCUGCCCAACAAAAUCAGCAACAAGCCAUGUCGAGGAGUCAUAGAAUCCUUACUGAUCAAAGAAGAACCACCGAAUACACAACAUAAGCGCCACCCGGAUCACCAACAAGCCAAACACCGAGGUAAUUCUAUAAACCCUCAAGUAACUAAAGUUACUAACUUGACUUAUCUCCGUGCAUAUCCUACAGUUGUGAGGACAAAACUUCUUGAAGAGGGAGGGUAUGAUGAGGUCAUCAGACCAAGCAUCGAUCAUGAUUACGUAACCAAGAGAUCCUCUUUAACACAAAUGAACUUGGAGCCACAUUCAGAAACACUCCAGAAGCAAAUGACAUUCAAGAAAGCUCGGAUGCAUCCGAUUAGACCUUGUGGAAGUCUUUGCACAUUUGAGCAUCAAGGAAGCUCAGCCUCGAACUAA